AUGGAAGAUGAGCGGGGGGACGACGAUGACCUAGACAAUAUCCCAUUUGGGGAGGACGUGGAAGAUGAGGAAGACUCUACGGACCUGGAGCGAGGAGCGCCAGAUAACGACUAUGUUCUUCACCGCAGGGCCUCGACGCAGUCCCGUGGUUCCGUUCAUUCAAGGCUUCUACGCCGAGACAGCACUAUGACGGAGGGCAGCGCAUACGGUGCCGGCCGGUUCAGUCAGAAGAUUCAUAUGGUCAAUGAAGACCUCACAAUUGUAAUUGCCGGCUUUCGUACCAGCGCAGCCGGUUUCGCUGCCUACUUGUUUAUCUGCGUUGCUACAUUUGGUCUCGGAUGGCUGCUAUUUCGGUGGCUGCCCCGUUGGCAGGUUAGAUUAUGCGGCAAACCGAGCACGCUCCAGAAAUGUCAGUGGGUUGUUAUCGAGAACCAGUGGAACGAAAUGGCGAUCCUCGAUGUGGACAGCAAGCCAUACGGGAGACCAAUCUCGACGGUUUUUGGAGCUUCUGGCAAGAUGUCGAGAUACAUUCUCGAGGACGACGAUCCGCUUAUAAACGAUCUUCGCACACUUAACUACCGUUAUGUCCGCUUCUACUUCCACCCUCUGAAGGACAAAUUCCAGCUCUGCAAUGGAUGGAAAGAUCCGCUGUGGACAGACGUGCGAUCCAUCAGGGAGGGCAUCGAUAGUGAAGAAAAGAGCCACCGAGAUCUUGUGUUUGGGUCCAACCUUAUCGACAUUGAGCAAAAAUCCGUGUUCCGCCUCCUGGUAGACGAAGUCUUCCACCCAUUCUAUGUGUUCCAGAUUGCAAGUUUGGUGCUAUGGUCGAUGGAUGAAUACUAUUACUAUGCUAUUGCCAUCUUCCUGAUGUCUUUUGGCAGUAUCACUACUACCUUGAUCGAAACGCGAGCAACCAUGAAGCGACUUCGGGAGAUAUCGCGGUUCGAGUGCGAUGUCCGUGUCCUUCGUAAUGGUUUCUGGCGCUACAUCGCAUCGGGAGACCUAGUCCCCGGAGAUGUCUAUGAGGUCAGCGAUCCGGGCCUCACACAAUUCCCAAGUGAUAGUUUACUACUCGGCGGAGAUUGUAUCGUCAACGAGAGUAUGCUUACGGGCGAAUCUGUUCCCGUGUCAAAGACACCUGCCACGGACGAGUCAUUAAGAACCAUGGACUUGUCCGCAUCAAACGUCCUUCCGGAGGUGGCUCGCCAUUUUCUAUUCUGUGGCACCAAAAUCAUUCGUGCCCGUCGACCACAAGAUGAUAGGGAUGAUGAGGCUGUUGCCCUUGCCAUGGUUGUGAGAACAGGCUUCAAUACUACGAAAGGCGCUCUUGUCAGGUCCAUGCUCUUUCCAAAACCUUCCGGCUUCAAAUUCUAUCGAGACUCCUUCAGAUACAUCUCUGUCAUGGCCUGCAUUGCUCUGCUUGGCUUUACAGCAUCUUUUAUCAAUUUCAUUCGUCUAGGCCUUGAAUGGCACCUGAUCGUCAUUCGAGCUCUUGAUCUUAUAACCAUUGUCGUCCCCCCUGCUCUGCCGGCAACGCUCACAAUUGGCACCAACUUUGCCCUAAGUCGGCUUAAGACUAAACAGAUCUUCUGCAUCAGCCCGCAGAGAGUCAACGUUGGUGGCAAGCUAGAUAUCAUGUGUUUCGACAAGACCGGGACUUUAACCGAGGAUGGGCUUGACAUCCUUGGAGUCAGAGUUGUCGAUAGGGUGGCAAAUAGGUUCGGUGAUAUACUCACAGACCCGACGUCCAUGGUUCGCCGACAAGCGGAGACAGCUAACGGUCAUGCCGGGUUUGAUACUCAAAGAGCGGCACUUUGUACUAUGGCUACGUGUCACUCGUUACGCUCUGUUGAUGGAGAGCUGGUGGGCGACCCACUUGAUCUGAAGAUGUUCGAGUUUACGGAAUGGUCUUUCGAGGAGGGGAAACAAGGCAACGCGGAACACGACGAUGAGGACCAAGGGAGCUUGUCCCCGUCUAUUGCGAGACCAUCAUCCACGAUGAAGGAUCUGCUCGAGACCGACACGAAUGGAACUCAAAUCAUCCCAUUCGAACUCGGUAUUUUGAAAUCCUUCGAAUUCGUAUCCCAGCUUCGCAGGGCUAGUGUUAUUGUAAGAACAUUUGGCCAGCAGAGCGGAGAUAUCUAUGUGAAAGGGGCGCCGGAAGUCAUGCGUGAGAUUUGCCGACCUGAGAGUUUCCCGCCGGACUACGAUGAACUUCUCUCGCAUUACACACACAAGGGUUACAGAGUGAUUGGAUGUGCUGCUAGGCACAUCAAGAAGCUCAGCUGGGUAAAGGCUCAGAAGAUGAAGCGUCCUGAUGUCGAAUCUGACCUCGACUUCGUCGGAUUCAUUAUCUUCGAGAACAAGCUGAAGCCAAGCACAGCCGGCGUCCUAGACGAAUUACUGCAAUCCAAUAUCGGUGCUGUCAUGGUGACUGGAGACAACAUUUUGACAGCUAUCAGUGUUGCUCGAGAAUGCAACUUGAUCAACAAGACGGCGCACUGUUUCGUCCCGCGUUUUGUCGAAGGGAACCUCAGAGAUCCCGAGGCUAAGCUUCAGUGGGAGAGUAUCGACAAUAACAUAUAUCAUCUCGAUGAACAAACUCUCUUGCCACUUGCUCCGCCAGCUGAAGGCGAUGCUUCGCUUCCCUUCGACAUCGCAAACUUGCGGAACUACUCAAUUGCCGUCAGCGGCGAGGUAUUCCGUUGGGUGGUUGAUUUUGCUCCGCCAGAGCUUCUGCGUAGGAUGCUCGUCACUGGCAAGAUCUACGCCCGCAUGUCUCCAGAUGAAAAGCAUGAGCUUGUUGAGAAAUUGCAGAGCAUCGACUAUUGCUGUGGCUUCUGCGGCGAUGGAGCUAAUGACUGCGGUGCGCUCAAGGCAGCUGAUGUUGGCAUCUCCCUGUCGGAGGCAGAAGCUUCUGUCGCAGCACCUUUUACAUCUCGGGUGUUUGAUAUUACUUGCGUUCCUGAAGUCAUCAGGGAGGGCCGGGCUGCUCUCGUUACUAGCUUUAGUUGCUUCAAGUAUAUGAGUCUAUACUCAGCUAUCCAGUUCACCUCGGUCACUUUUCUCUACGCAUCGGCCUCGAAUCUUGGAGACUUCCAGUUUCUGUUUAUUGAUCUGGCUCUGAUUUUGCCUAUUGCUAUAUUCAUGAGUUGGGCAGGACCGUUCCCUGAGUUAAGUCGCAAGAGACCCACUGCAGAUCUCGUUUCUCGCAAGGUCUUGACACCUCUCCUCGGUCAGAUAUGCAUUUGCAUAAUUGUCCAAACUGCGGCUUUCCUUGUUGUGAGGGAGCAGCCUUGGUUUAUUCCCCCACACGUCGAUCCAGAGAAGUCAAACGUUGAGAACUCGGAGAACACGGCACUCUUCUUGACAUCUUGCUUUGAGUAUAUCCUUGCAGGUGUCGUCCUCAAUGCUGGACCGCCAUUCCGACAAGGAGUCUGGCAGAAUUGGCCAUUCGUCUCUACGAUUGCAGUUACGCUACUAAUUACAAUAUAUAUGGUCCUCGGACCAGCGCAUUGGCUCAAGAAGCUCAUGCAGCUGACGAAUAUCAGCAGGCACUUCAGUCUCUACGUCCUCGUGCUCGGAGUUGUUUAUAUUAUCCUCGCCUGGGCGGGCGAACACAUCGUCUUCCAGAGAGUAGCCAGAUUUAUCGACUCGCUGCUGGACUCAAUCCUCGACGGGGGCUAUCUGCCCCAUGCCGUGAUCCGGAUAGGCAUCCGCCGGCAGCUGAGGGAGCGCAUCGAGGAGAUCAAGAGUGUCUCUCUGGCGGCGGCGUACGAGCGCAAGAUGGCGUUCAUCGAGAAGUUGCGCACCCGGCCCAUUGCCGUUGAGACCGCCGCCGCCAACUCGCAGCACUACGAGGUCGGCACCGGCGUGCUGCAGGCGAUGCUGGGCCCGCGGAUGAAGUACUCGUCGUGCCUGUACCCCAAGGGUGGCGAGACGCUGGCCCAGGCGGAGGUUGCCAUGCUGCAGACGUACAUUGAGAAGGCGGAGCUGAAGGAUGGGAUGAGUAUCCUCGACCUUGGUUGUGGCUGGGGUUCUGGUGGUCUGUACUUUGCAGAGAUGCUGCCCAAUUCGAGAGUUGUUGCAUUCUCGAACUCAAAGACUCAAAAGGAGUACAUUGAUUCGAAAGCAAAGGAGAAAGGGUUGUCCAAUUUGACUGUAAUUACGGGUAAUGUGGCUGACUAUGAGUUUGAGCCUGAGAGCUUUGACAGAGCUGUCUCUAUCGAGAUGUUUGAGCACAUGAAGAAUUAUGAGCUUCUCAUGGCGAAGGUCUCACGAGCCCUGAAGCCGGGCGGCAAGCUGUUCGUCCACAUCUUCACACACAAGACCACUCCGUACGACUAUGAGGAGGGUUGGAUGACAACACACUUCUUCACCGGCGGGACAAUGAACUCGGCGGAUCUGCUGCUCUACUUCCAGCGAGACCUGAAGCUCCAGAGACAGUGGUGGGUAUCGGGAACUCACUACUCCAAGACAUGUGAGCACUGGUUGGUGAACAUGUCCAAGAACAAGAAGCAGAUUUGGCCACAUCUGGAGACAACCUAUGGCACGGAAAAUGCAUCAAUGUGGUUCAAUCGUUGGGAGAUCUUCUAUAUGGCGUGCUCUGAAUUGUUCGCCUAUGAAGGUGGUGAUACAUGGGGCGUUGCCCACUAUCUCUUCGAGAAGCCUGGCGCAUGA